CUUUGACCAUUUUCAGAUUCUGCGGGCCAUUGGUAAAGGCAGUUUUGGAAAGGUGUGCAUCGUGCAGAAGCGAGACACCAAGAAAAUGUACGCGAUGAAGUACAUGAACAAGCAGAAGUGCAUCGAGAGGGACGAGGUGCGGAACGUCUUCCGGGAACUCCAGAUCAUGCAGGGCCUGGAGCAUCCUUUCCUGGUCAACCUUUGGUACUCCUUCCAGGACGAGGAGGACAUGUUCAUGGUAGUGGACCUGCUGCUGGGAGGGGACCUGCGUUAUCACCUGCAGCAGAAUGUACAUUUCACAGAAGGGGACGUGAAGCUCUACAUCUGCGAGCUGGCCCUGGCCCUGGAGUAUCUGCAGCGGUACCACAUCAUCCACAGAGACAUCAAGCCAGACAACAUAUUGCUGGACGAACAUGGACACGUUCACAUCACAGACUUCAACAUAGCGACAGUCGUGAAAGGCGCAGAAAAGGCUUCCUCCAUGGCCGGGACCAAGCCCUACAUGGCCCCGGAAGUGUUCCAGGUGUAUGUGGACGGAGGCCCUGGCUACUCCUACCCCGUUGACUGGUGGUCCCUGGGUGUCACGGCCUACGAGCUGCUGCGGGGCUGGAGACCGUAUGAAAUCCACUCGGCCACGCCCAUCGAUGAGAUCCUUAACAUGUUCAAGGUGGAGCGUGUCCACUACUCUUCCACGUGGUGCAAGGGCAUGGUCGCCCUGCUAAAGAAGCUCCUGACCAAGGACCCCGAGAGCCGCCUGUCCAGCCUUGGUGACGUCCAGAGCACACCCUACUUGGCCGACAUGAACUGGGAUGCGGUGUUGGAGAAGGCGCUGACACCCGGCUUUGUGCCUAAUAAAGGGAGACUGAACUGCGAUCCCACAUUUGAACUUGAAGAAAUGAUUCUUGAAUCCAAACCACUCCAUAAAAAGAAGAAGAGGUUGGCAAAGAACAGAUCCAAAGAUGGCUCUAAGGACAGCUGUUCUCUGAAUGGACACCUCCAGCAGUGCUUGGAGACCGUGCGGAAGGAAUUCAUUGUAUUCAACAGAGAGAAGCUGAGGAAGCAGCAGGGGCAGGGUGGCCAGCUCUUGGACACAGAAGGCCGAGCCGGGAGCCAGGCCCCGGGCAAGCUCCAGGAUGGGUGUAACAACAACAUUCUGGCCCAUGCCUGUUCUCGUGGCUGCAGCAGCUAAGCCACCACCUGCGGCUUCCAGCGGGACUGCACACACCUCUGCCCUGCCCACCGAAAGCCCCUCUCUGUGCCGCGAUGGUCCUGGUCUCACCCCAAAUAACAGAUGCAGAAAGCCCUGGGCUCAGAGCGGGGGAGCCUGGGUUCUGGUCCCAGCUGCCCAGCUCAUUCCCGGCACAUCUGUGGACAAGACUUGCCCUUUCUCUGCCUCAGUUUUCCACAUCUGUCAAAGGGGUUACACAGCUCUAUGCCCCACCUCUGAUUACAAAGUUUUCGGAAGAAUCCAAUUGGGUAGUGGACAUGCAAAACCUUUGACAUUUAUGACAUUAUUUAUACAGGUGAAACAGAACCCCAAUAUUUGGAGUGCACUCCCAUCCCCUAAAGCAACUAGACAUUCACAACUUUGCAAUUCGGUCUACCCCGGGUCUUCAGAGCAUACUUUUGAAAAUGCAGCCCUUAAUCGUCUGAUGCAUUUUCCCUGCCUAUGGAAACACGAUCCCCCAAUCCUGGAGCAAAACCGGAAGUGUCCUCUUUUGCCUCCUCUGCCAGGCCAGUCUUUCUGACGUUCUAAGUUGGCCUGCCACUGUCCCCACCUUCAAUUGCAGCAGGUCUCCACUCCCACCCCAUCCCCAUGCUGGAAUGGCAGAAAGAUGCCCCUUUCAGAAGGUCAAGUUAAUGACCGUUAAUGACACCCUUAAAGAGUGUCAGCAGAGUUCCUCACAAAACCCAGUCCCAGGGCAGAACUCUGAGUCUCUGUCUCCAUGCAAGUUUCCUUUCCUGGAAGGGGUGACAUCAUCUCAUCAGCACCGUCUUAAAGAGGGUCUCCAAUUGCCAUCAAGGAGGCUGCUCCACACUGAUAAACUAGGAAGCCCAGUUGGUUAGAAAGUUUAUGCUAGGAGGAUGGUGGGCUCACGCUAAGAGCAAACUACUUGAUGAUCUGUUCAGGGAGCACUUUGUUUUUGAAUUGGGAGAUGCUUUUAGCAACCAGGAAUAAAGCUUAGACUUGGAAUCAGGACUGUGAUCAGAAUCCAGCCCAGCUGUUUACUAACCGGAAGACCUCAGGCAAUCAUGUAAUCACUUCAGUGUCAGUUUUCUUGAUUUAAAAUAGGGUUUAAAAAAACUAACCCCUGGGGUUGUUAAAAGGUUAAUUAAGAUCCUGUGUGGGACAUACCCAAACUACUUUGUAGCAGUUUUUGGUCAACAUUAUAAUCAACAUAAUUUCAAGAAACUUUCCUGUUUCACUCAUUGGGCAGGUCAGUUUUCUGUAGAAACAAGCCUGGUGUUUUAGAUUCUUUGAACUCAUCUUUCUGGAGUCUCUGAUAUUUGUGCAUUCCUGUGAAAAGUUCAGCUGUGUUUUUAUUUUUCAUCCAACCUUCACUAUUUACAUCAUAAAUCUCUUAGAUUUCUUAAGGGACAUUUUCAUAUAUCACUAGUUUAUGUUUUUAUUUGAAAAAAGGAAAGACAUGAUCAUUGUUUUCCUCCUUCAAACCCAGGCUGUUUCUAGAUGGUAUUGUCCACGUGUCCACUUUUUUGUACACUUUUCAUUCUUUGUUCCCUGUGGGCACCAUCCUGUCCCCUGCAGGAAAUAACCGGGCUGCUUCUCUCUUACUGUGACCGUGGCUAAACUGAGGGUGUCUCACUGGACUGAGUUCAUGAAUUAGGGGCAGGA